AUAUAUCAGUACCCACUUGCCGGGAAUCAGUUACUGCUAUUAUAUAUAAAGUUCCGAUAUUUUAUACCUCGUAUAAACUGGAAUAGAAUUAAAAAAGAUGGUUAAAGCUAAGGCAUUUAUUUUGCAUAAGCGAUUUGUGGGGGAACCAAAGGCCUCAGAUUUAAAACUUGUAGAGGAAGACUUGCCACCACUGAAAGAUGGCGAAUUCUUGGCGGAAGCAGUUUAUCUCAGCGUAGAUCCUUACAUGCGAGCUUACGCUGAUCGAUUACCUUUAGGUAACACUUUCAUCGGGAUACAGGUUGCCCUUAUAACUGAAAGCAAGCAUCCUAAGUAUCAAGUUGGCAAGCAUGUAGUAGGGUCUUUUGGGUGGCGAACCCACACCAUUUCCAACGGUGUGAGCGUUGCGGGAGACGUCCCCAUUUUGAUUUUACCAGAUCUUGGAGAAUUACCCGUCUCCCUCGGUGUUGGAAUAUUAGGAAUGCCUGGUAACACUGCAUAUUUUGGCUUUCUGGAAAUUUGUAAACCCAAAGCCGGGGAAACGGUCGUCGUUACUGGGGCUGCCGGAGCCGUGGGCAGCCACGUAGGUCAAAUCGCUAAAAUUAAGGGGUGCAAGGUGAUUGGUAUCGCAGGGUCAGAUGAAAAAAAUAAGUGGCUGAAGGAAGAACUGAACUUUGACCAUGUAAUUAAUUACAAAACGCAAGAUGUCGAAGCGGAACUGAAGAAAGCGGCACCUGAUGGUGUAGACUGUUACUUUGACAACGUUGGUGGCGAAAUAAGCACAAUCAUACUAAAUCAAAUGAACUUAUUCGGAAGAGUUUCAGUAUGUGGUGCAAUAUCUGGAUAUAACAACAGGAAUAUUAAAGCGGGCGUGGUUCAGUUUCCCUUGGUAUUUAGACAAUUAAAAAUGGAAGGUUUCAUGGUACUCCGAUGGACAGACAGAUGGAUGGAAGGAAUUCUUCAGAAUCUGGCGUGGAUUAAACAGGGAAAGCUAAAAUAUAGAGAAACUAUUACUGUAGGUUUCGAUAAAAUGUUUAACGCCUUUGUGGAUAUGUUAAGGGGCGUCAACCAAGGAAAAGCCGUAGUCAAAAUAUAA